AUGUGGCUCAGGUGUGGCACAGGAUGUGGCGAGAUGGCUGAGCACCAGGAGAAGUUCCCAUCACUUGGGACAUUCUCAAGAUUGCAUUCCUGGAGAGGUUAUUUCCCAGAGAGAAGAGAGAGGCUAAGGGAUGAGAUGAGAAGGUUUGUGACUGGUGUAUCGGAGGAUCUAGAGGAGGAAUGUCAGGCAUUCAUGUUGCAUGAUAACAUGGACCUUUGCAGGUUGAUGGUUCAUGCACAGCAGGUUGAGGAGAGUCAUCGGAGAAAGAGAGGUAGAGAAGACAAGAAGCCUAAACCCUCAGAUCAGGCUGGUUGUAGCUCUGGAACUCGAAUGCAAAAAGUGGACAAGUCUGGACCUAAGAAGGGAAAUGAUAAUAAUGCCCAGCGUAGCAGCAAGCUGUGUGGUAAAUGUGGCCGUAUGCAUAGAGGUGAGUACCUGGUAGGUACUAAUAGCUGCUAUGGGUGCGGCAAGAGUGGGAAUAUGGUCAGGGACUACCCACAGAUGAGAAAUUAG